AUGAACUCGGUCAGGCGCAUAACAGACGAUUUGGAGAAACCAGACCUUGACGACCGAUCAUACCGAGUUAUCGAGCUUUCUAACAAGCUCGAGGCUCUACUCGUCCACGAUGCAGAGACCGACAAGGCCAGCGCAAGUCUCAACGUCAAUGUUGGAAACUUUUCAGACGAGGAGGAUAUGCCGGGCAUGGCUCACGCCGUGGAGCAUCUACUCUUCAUGGGCACUGAGAAAUACCCCGUAGAAAACGAAUACAGUUCCUACCUCUCCUCGAACUCUGGGCAUUCAAAUGCAUACACGGCCGCCACACAGACAAAUUAUUUCUUUGAGUGUGCGGCGCAGCACGAGUCGAAUGACAACCUUUCCAACGGUGCAGUCAAUGGGACUGCCGCAGGCACAACGAAUGGCUUGUCGAGAGGGCCGCUGUACGGAGCGUUGGACCGAUUCGCACAAUUCUUCGUCAAACCACUCUUUCUGGAGAACACCUUGGACAGGGAGUUAAGAGCGGUGGACUCGGAGAACAAGAAGAACCUACAAAGUGACGGAUGGCGUCUAUCGCAACUGGCAAAGUCGCUCUCGAAUCCCAAGCACCCGUUCCAUCACUUCUCGACAGGCAACCUGCAAACCCUGAGGGACGAGCCCGAGAAAAAAGGUGUCAAGAUUCGUGAUGAGUUCAUUCGUUUCUAUGAACAGCAUUACUCUGCAAACAGAAUGAAGCUCGUCGUGUUGGGUCGCGAAUCCCUUGAUGAACUGGAAAGCUGGGUAGUGGAGCUUUUCUCCGAAGUCAAGAACAAAAACUUGCCUGAAAACCGCUGGGAUGAUGUUGAGGUCCUGAGCAAAGAUCAGUUAUCCAUCGAGAUCUACGCAAAGCCGGUCAUGGAGUCACGCUCUUUGGAGAUAAGUUUCCCGUGGCAAGACGAGGAGGAUAUGUUCGAGACACAGCCUGCUCGAUACAUCAGUCACUUGAUCGGCCACGAAGGCCCUGGCAGCAUAUUGGCUUAUCUCAAAGACAGAGGUCUGGCUCAAACCUUGUCUGCUGGCUACCAUCCUGUGUGCCCAGGAUCUGCUUUCUUCGAGAUCGAUAUCGGAUUGACGCCUGAUGGGCUGAAAAACUAUCACGAGAUUGUCAAGAUUGUUUUCCGGUACAUUGGGAUGAUGAAAGCAACGCCCCCAGUUGCCUGGAUGCACGAGGAGAUGAAGAAUAUGGCGGAAGUGGAUUUCAGGUUCCGUCAGAAGUCUCCUGCAAGCCGAUUUACGAGCGCUAUCAGCUGCGUGUUGCAGAAGCCUGAUUUGCCCCGCAACUGGCUGCUCAGCAGCACCAGCAAGUUCAGAAAGUUCGAUGCUCAAGCCAUUGCGCAAGCUAUGCAAUAUCUCCGCGAAGACAACUUCAGGCUUAUGAUAGUGUCUCAGGAGUACCCUGGUAGCUGGGAUCAGAAAGAAAAGUGGUAUGGGACGGAGUACAAAGUGGAGAGAAUACCGACCGACGUGCUGUCAGACGUUCGAAAAGCUUUGACUGACCCCGAAACUGGCGCCAUAGCGGAACUCCAUCUCCCACACAAGAAUGAAUUCAUUCCUACCAAGUUGGACGUGGAGAAGGCGGACGUCAAAGUACCUGCAAAGGCGCCCAAGUUGCUUCGAAAUGACGACAAGGUCCGCCUAUGGUGGAAAAAAGAUGAUACAUUUUGGGUGCCGAAGGCCAAUUUGCACAUCAAGAUUCGAAACACCGUUACCUCUGCAAACACUGCCAAUUACGUCAAGACAAAUCUCUUCAUCAACCUCGUCAAGGAUGCUUUGUCGAGCUACUCGUAUGACGCCGAGAUAUCUGGCCUCGCCUACGCGAUCGGGCCAAACAUGCUUGGCUUUGAUAUUCACGUCCAUGGCUACAAUGACAAGAUGGCUGUCCUCUUGGAGAAGAUCUUGACGACGAUCCGGGAGAUUGAGGUCCGAACCGAUCGUUUCGAAAUCAUCAAAGAACGUAUGGCCAGGAAAUAUAAGAACUGGGCAUAUCAGCAGCCAUACUAUCAGAUCGGAGACUACACCCGAUGGUUAUUGAAUGAACGGUCUUGGAUGAACGACGCCUAUGCCAAAGAACUUCCGCACAUCACGGUAGACGACAUUAGAACGUUUGUUCCAGAACUCCUCCAGCAGGCACAUUUCGAAGUGCUGGUCCAUGGGAACUUGUACAAAGAAGAAGCCAAGAAAAUCGGCAACCUCAUCGAGACAACAUUGAAAUCACGCGCUUUUCCUCCUUCGGACUGGUUGUUGCGAAGGAAUGUCAUCAUCCCGGAAGGAAGCAACUUCGUCUACAAACAAGCGUUGGGUGAUCCCGACAAUAUCAACCAUGCGAUCGAAUAUUAUCUAGACAUUGGCCAUGUUAUGGACCUAGACCUGCGAGCGAAAGCACAGCUAUUCAGCCAGAUGACGGAUGAACCCGCGUUCGAUCAGUUGAGGACUAAAGAACAACUUGGAUACGUCGUAUGGAGCGGGACCCGUCCUGCAGCAGCCAGGAUGGGUUACAGAGUGCUAAUUCAGAGCGAACGGGACCCAGACUAUCUCGAAACCCGGAUCAAUGCCUUUUUACUCAAAUUCAAAUCAGAUCUUGAGUCGAUGUCAAAUGAAGAGUUCGAGGGCCACAAACGAAGCCUUGUCAACAAACGAUUGGAGAAACUCAAAAAUCUCGACUUCGAGACCGGCCGGUUGUGGGCGUACAUCAGCGGUGAAUAUCUCAACUUCUACCAAGUGGAUAGAGACGUCGCCGUCAUCCGACAGCUCACCAAGGAUGACAUGAAACAGUUUUAUGCUCAGUAUAUCGAUCCAGAGUCCCCAAAGCGAAGAAAGCUUUCAAUUCAUCUCGAGGCUCAAGCCACAAGCUCAGUGCCAGAGAUUUCGCCUGCCGAACAAAAAGAUCAGUUUGUGGGGCUCCUUGAACAAAUGCUUAGAUCUCUGGGUGUUGAGGUUGACGAAGGAAGAUUGAAGGCUCAAUUCGAGAAGGUCGACCUUUCAAACCUGCCCUUGGUCUCGAAUGCAAUCAACGAAUACCUUGGAAAGUCGACACCCGCCUUGAAGAACGAUGAAGUCCUCGAAAAGAUAAAAGAAGCUAUCCCACAAAUGCAGAUUGCGCUCAAGAUCAAGCCAGUGGAGUCGGCCAACAACGUCGUUGAGGUGGCCGCACAAAUCCCACUCCCCGUCAUAAUUAAAGAUGUGGCGAUGUGGAGAGCCGGCCUGGAAGUCAGCAAGGGACCUGUCCCAGUUGAAGAUCUGCAAAGUUUCGAGGACCUUGAAUCCAAGCUGUGA